AUGUCCGCUCAGAAAACAGGACAAGUCACCGCCGCACCGCGGCCGACAGGCUUGUUCAACCACGUGGUACCCGGUCCAGACCGCCCCAACGGCCCCGAGGUCGUCGCCCACCCGCCGGGGCGCAAAGCGACGUCGACAACGAGACGAACGGACGCCGAUCUCGAUGCGAAGCGGGAGUGGGACGCGGACGCGGCGGCGGACCGGGCGGUGGGCAUAGGCGUGCGACGCGACGAUUGGAAGAGAUGGAGCGGGCAGGUUGCUUGGGACGUCGAGGCCGCCGCCGAUCGGGCGGUCGGGAGGGGCGCGAGGUUGACUUAG